AUGGAUGAUCCGCUAGAUGAUGUUCUGGACGAAAACUUUGCUAAGUUUUCUUUGAAUGUUUCAAGGUUACCUCUAGCUUUAAGUCAUUGGGAAGAUCUGCUCAAUUAUCUUAUAGAGAAGGCCAGUCCCUUGAAGAAAACAAUCAACAAAGAGCUCUUGAAGCUGAUAAGAAACACUUAUGGAUCUUUUUUUACUUACUUCCCCUUUUUAGAAAAUUACAGUGUGGACUAUGGUCUUUUGGAAUACAAACUGGGCAAUAUCAAGGAAAUGCAUGCAGCCUUUGUCUCAGCGCUGCAAAGACAUAACAACACGUCUCUUUUGCUGUGGCUCGAGUACUUGAAAAUAUGCAAUGAGGUAGUAAUUGAUAACAAGCAGCUGUUUCGCAAGUACGAACUGGCGGAGUCCUGCAUAGGAUUGCACUUUUACAGCGGAGAAUUUUGGGAGAUGUAUCUGGACCAGAUCAAGCUACGCUGUACAAGCAACAGCAGAUACUUGGUAAUUUUAAGAAAGACUCUAGAGUUACCAAUUUACUCUUAUAGCAAAUUCUACGCACUUUGGCUACAAGCAAUUGAUGAGAUGAAUGAUGUUAAGCAACUCACCAUGAUGGUCCCUGAGCUUGAAGUGAGCCGCAAAAUGAAAAUAGCGGUGCGAGGAUCCGGAAGAAAGGGACCACAACUUCAAGAAGCAAAAAAACACCUGCGGAAGUUUACAAAAGAACUUUACAUGGUGAAUCAGCAUCGUACAUUAGAAAUUUACAAUUUAUUUGAGGCGAACAUUAAGACACAAUUUUACUGCUCAGCCGAGACUUUGAUAGAGAAAAGCGAGAUAGCCGCAUGGUGGAAGUAUCUGGACUAUUCCAUAAACAAUGGAGUAGAUAAAUUGAUUCAUGUAAACUUCCAAAGGGCAUUGUUGCCGUUAGCGCACUACGAAAUGGUUUGGAUAAAAUAUUCCCUUUGGUUAAUAGAAAGCUCUCAGGAUUUUGUUUCAGCAAAAAGUGUAUUAUCUUUGGGCUUAAGACUAUCCCAUAAAAAGGCAAAAAUCAUGGAGAGGUUGAGCGUUUUAUCGAUAAAACUAGGUCAUUUUGAUGAUUUGUUGACUCUAUUCAAGCAAGCAUUGGAAGCAUUCGACAAUAGAAUCGAAGAGACAGAUGACUUCGAACUGUUUACAGAUUAUCUCCAUUUCACAUUGUUCAUGGAAAAAUGCAUCAACGAUAAUUUUCAGGCGCGUUCAGUCUGCUAUGAAAAUAACCCAUUAAAGAUCGUCAUGGGCCGUUUGAGCUAUGGAGGAAAUAAAAAGGGACAGGAAGAGUUGCUACACAUGGUUUGUCAAAUGUAUACCAGAUUUUCCAAGAAUGACCUAGAGGAGCAGAUUUUUCAACCUAUCAUCGACCAAGGAUGGUCGUAUUAUCUGGACAAUGCCAAAUUUUGGUACGAGUAUUGUCACAGGAUUUGGAUCGAUCAGGAUACGUCGUAUCUGGACAAAAGAAGACACAUUGUGGAAAAAAUAUUACCCAUCGGGGCAAAGCAGAAAUCAUCGGCGAAUCAAGGAAUAAUUUCUUUCUGCGAAACUUACCUGCCAGAGGACCUUGAUUCAUGCUAUGAACACUGUCAAAAAACUAAUUAA